GUUAAAUUAAAUUCCACAAAAUGGAGACUUUCAUGUUAAAUCCAAUGAGGGUUGGAAGUGAAUAUCAGGCUGUUGUUCCAGAGGUUUCAACCGUUCUACCCAAACCUGCACCAGAAUAUGAGCCUGAACAUGCCGUCCUUAUCUGGUCUCCAUCUAAUGGUAUUCCUCCUGAAAAGCUUGACGAGUUUAUCCAAAUUUGUCUUGAAAAGUAUAAUUACAAAAUUGAACAAGCCUUAGGUAUGUUAUGUUGGCAUAAAUAUAAUCUUGAAACUGCACUUGCAGACCUACCAAAUUUUACUCCCUUGCCUGAUGACUGGUCGGUUGAAGAUAAAGUGUUAUUCGAGCAAGCAUUUCAAUUCCAUGAUAAACACUUCCACAAGAUUAAACAAAUGCUACCAGACAAGUCGAUUGCCAAUCUUGUUAAAUAUUAUUAUUCAUGGAAGAAAACAAGGAGCAGAACUAGCCUUAUGGACAGACAAGCUCGCCGGUUUAUUGUUCAGAAAGAAGAUGGAAGUGAAGCUGGUUCAGAUGGUCUAUCCGACAAUGAAAAUGAAUCAAUAAAUGAGUUUAGUAACAAUGGAGAUACUAAAGAUAAUCCCGAUGGUAAAACAAGAUGCUCCAAUUGUGCUACAACAGCUAGUGGACAGUUUCACAAUACUUCAAAAGGUGUCUUAUGUCGUUCAUGUUAUUCUUUCUGGAGACGAACUGGUCUAAUGAAAAAUAUAACCACAAGGAAACAAGAUCCUUCUGGAUCAAGUCGACCCAAUUUAAUGAAAAGUAAACGUAAACCUCCUCGUGGUAUGUCAAUUAACAUUGACGAUUUGAUGACAAUUGUUAAUGGUCCACCAGAUCAGGGUGAAGCUUUCCUGAGAUCACUGAGCAAUGAAAUUGUAAAUUUAAAAAGAAAUGUACAAAACUUAAAAGCGCAUAUUAGUCAAAUCAAAACCAAAACUAAUUCUGCUCAUACAUUAAAGAGACUUGAUGUUUCGCCAUCCCAAAGAAUUAACGCUCGAUGGACCAAUGAGGAAGCUCUAUUAGCCGUUCAAGGAGUUCGAAAACACGGCAAAGAUUUUAAAGCUAUCGCUGAAAUAGUUGGUAAUAAAAGUGAAAGUCAUGUUCGCAGUUUCUACACAAAUAACGAACGUCGUUACAACCUGGCUUACAUGCUAACGGAGUACGAAAAUGAAUUUCUUGGAACCAAUUGAUCUGAUUGCCAUAUUUAUUUUUGUCUCUCUUUUCUCACUCACAUCUCACAUUUUCAUAUCAUCAUUAUUAUUAUUUUCUUUAUUCUAUAUUCCUUUUUCCUUCCAAUA